AUGCGCACUGCAGCUGUCAGGGCUCUGCGCAAUGCCAGGCUAUCUACCAAGGCCCCGAGGUCUCUGGCGAGGAACUAUGCAACCGUCAGAGAUCCCAUGCACAAAGAUCCUGUUGAAUUAGAUCACAUCACUCAGUUGCCCAAUGGCGUCCGAGUCGCUACGGAAUCUCUACCUGGCCCCUUCUCCGGCGUAGGUGUCUACUUGGAUGCUGGUUCACGAUACGAGGACGAUUCGCUUCGAGGCGUCAGUCAUAUCGUGGACCGUCUAGCCUUCAAGUCGACAAAGGCAAGAACUGCAGAUCAGAUGCUCGAGGCGUUGGAAUCGUUAGGAGGAAACAUCCAGUGUGCUUCUUCCCGGGAGGCUUUGAUGUAUCAGUCCGCCACAUUUAAUGCCAGCGUUCCCGAGACGAUCGCCCUGCUCGCAGAAACGAUUCGAGAUCCGUUGAUUACAGAUGAAGAGGUGGCCCAACAACUGGAAACUGCCGAGUAUGAGAUCCAGGAAAUAUGGGCCAAGCCAGAUCUGAUCAUUCCCGAACUAUUGCACAUGGCCGCAUAUAAGGACAACACCUUAGGACAUCCUCUCUUGUGUCCUCGAGAGAAAUUGCCAUACAUCACAAAGGGGCUUAUUGAGAAAUAUCGGAGUGUUUUCUACAAGCCCGAGCGGAUAGUGGUUGCUUUCGCCGGUAUUCCCCACGAGGAAGCUGUUCGUUUGACAGAAAAAUACUUUGGAGAUAUGGCAAAAUCGGAAACCCCAUCGCUAUCACAAAGUACAACGCCAUCUACCGAGUCAGGCGCGCCGCAGCCAAAUACAUCGCAGCAACUUCCACCACAAUCUCCCGCAAGCAGGCUCUUAUCCAAGAUUCCCGGAUUCAACAGUUUUUCCACCUCAGCACCCCAUCAAGCAACUGUAUCACCUCUCGAUCCCUCUCUAAUUCAACAUCCACCGGAGUCUCUUCUCACGAUGCCAUCUCACUACACCGGAGGAUAUCUCGCCCUCCCAACGCUUCCUCCGCCACCAAACAAAUUCACGAUUCCCCUGUCUUACGUUCAUAUCGCAUUUGAAGGCUUGCCUAUCUCUUCAGAAGACAUCUAUGCUCAGGCUACGCUUCAGACGUUGCUGGGUGGUGGUGGGUCUUUUUCGGCCGGCGGUCCCGGUAAAGGAAUGUAUUCUCGACUGUACACAAAUGUCCUCAAUCAACACGGAUGGGUCGAGAGCUGCGUGGCUUUCAACCACAGUUAUACCGAUAGUGGCCUCUUCGGUAUUGCCGGGGCUUGUGAGCCCGGUCGAGUCGGUCACAUGGUGGACGUCAUUUGCCGUGAACUGCAGGCGCUCACGUUAGAGUCCGGGUUCUCCAGCUUGAACAUAGCGGAAGUCAAUCGAGCCAAGAAUCAACUGCGGUUUAGCCUUUUGAUGAACCUCGAGUCGAGGCUGGUUGAACUGGAGGACCUUGGCCGGCAAGUUCAGGUUCACGGACGGAAGGUUGGUGUCAAGGAAAUGUGCGAAAAAAUCGACGCCCUCACGGUCGCUGAUCUGAGACGAGUGGCCACGCAAAUAUUCACCGGUAAGGUGGACAACAGAGGCCACGGCACCGGUGCACCAACCGUGGUUAUCCAGGAGGGAGAAGAUUUGAGUGGCAAAAAGGUCAGGCAAAUACCCUGGGAAGAUGUACAGUCGCGCAUCGCCAGGUGGAAACUAGGACGACUGUAG